AUGAGGUCUGAGGUCACAGAAGGUCAGACCAUCACCAUCAGCUGCACUGUUGAAAGUUUCCCACAGUCAACUCUCACCUUGAUGAGGAUCAACACAAAUAAUCUUUAUUCACGACCCAUCAACUCUCUCUCCUACAAGUUUACUGUGACUUCAGUCGACGCUGGCUUGUACUUCUGCCGUGCCCAGAACACUGAGGGCUCAAAGGACAGCAAGCAGAAGGAGUUGGUGGUGAAAUACAGUCCCAACAAUGUGAAAGUUCAAGCCAAUCCUGGUCUUGAUGUGAAGGAAAAUGUGUCGUUGACACUGAGCUGUUCUGCCGAGUCCAACCCACCAGUGAGCUCUGUCACCUGGAGGAAGACGACUGAUGGGAGAGAGGAAAUCAUCCAACAGACUCAGACUCAGACCUUCAGGGUGAAUUCAGCCAGUCCCUCUGACAGUGGACUGUACAGCUGUGAAGCCACCAAUGACAUUGGAAGAGGAAUGUCACAGCCAGCUGAGGUUAAAGUCAGAUAUAAGCCGAGGAAGACGAGCAUUUCUGUCAGUGGCUCUUCUGAUAACCAAGUGAAAGUUGGUCGUUCUCUCACGUUAACAUGUGACACCGAUGCCAAUCCUGCCCCGACGACUUACUCCUGGUACCGCAGCAAAAAUCAACAAACUGACUCUUUGUGGAAGAACACAAACAGACGAGAGCUGAGUUUAAGAAUACAAAGAGCAGAUGAAGCUUGUUACAGCUGCAGAGCCUCAAACCUCAUUGGUGGAGGGGAUAAGAGUCAACCAGUGUGCAUACAAGUACUGUACCCGCCCACUGAACCUAAACUGUCUAUAAGGUCUGAGGUCACAGAAGGUCAGACCAUCACCAUCAGCUGCACUGUUGAAAGUUUCCCACAGUCAACUCUCACCUUGAUGAGGACCAACACAUAUCAGUCUUUUAUAAUCGCUGAAAAUAAUCUUAAUUCACGACCCAUCAACUCUCUUUACCACACGUUGACUGUGACUUCAGCCGACGCUGGCUGGUACUUCUGCCGUGCCCAGAACACUGAGGGCUCAAAGGACAGCAAGCAGAAGAAGUUGGUGGUGAAAUACAGUCCCAAACAUGUGACAGUUCAAGCCAAUCCUGGUCUUGAGGUGAAGGAAAAUGUGUUGUUGACACUGAGCUGUUCUGCCGAGUCCAAUCCACCAGUGAGCUCUGUCACCUGGAGGAAGACGACUGAUGGGAGAGAGGAAAUCAUCCAACAGACGCAGACUCAGACCUUCAGGGUGAAUUCAGCCAGUCCCUCUGACAGUGGACUGUACAGCUGUGAAGCCACCAAUGACAUUGGAAGAGGAAAGUCACAGCCAGCUGAGGUUAAAGUCAGAUAUAAGCCGAGGAAGACGAGCAUUUCUGUCAGUGGCUCUUCUGAUAACCAAGUGAAAGUUGGUCGUUCUCUCACGUUAACCUGUGACACCGAUGCCAAUCCUGCCCCGACGACUUACUCCUGGUACCGCAGCAAAAAUCAACAAACCGACUCUUGGUGGAAGAACACAAACAGACGAGAGCUGAGUUUAAGAAUACAAAGAGAAGAUGAAGCUUGUUACAGCUGCAGCUCCUCAAACCUCAUUGGUAGAGGGGGUGAGAGUCAACCAGUGUGCAUACAAGUACUGUACAGUCCCAAACAUGUGACAGUUCAAGCCAUUCCUGGUCUUGAUGUGAAGGAAAAUAUGUCGUUGACACUGAGCUGUUCUGCCGAGUCCAACCCACCAGUGAGCUCUGUCACCUGGAGGAAGAUGACUGAUGGGAGAGAGGAAAUCAUCCGACAGACUCAGACUCAGACCUUCAGGGUGAAUUCAGCCAGUCCCUCUGACAGUGGACUGUACAGCUGUGAAGCCACCAAUGACAUUGGAAGUGGAAAGUCACAGCCAGCUGAGGUUAAAGUCAGAUACCCGCCCACUGAACCUAAACUGUCUAUGAGGUCUGAGGUCACAGAAGGUCAGACCAUCACCGUCACCUGCACUGUUGAAAGUUUCCCACAGUCAACUCUCACCUUGAUCAAGACCAACAAAAAUCUUCAGUCUUUAAAAAUCACAGAAAACAAUCUGUAUUCACGACCCAUCAACUCUCUCUACCACACGUUUAAUGUGACUUCAUCCGACGCUGGCUUGUACGUCUGCCGUGCCCAGAACACUGUGGGCUCAAAGGACAGCAAGAAGGAGAAGUUGGUGGUGAAAUACAGUCCCAAACAUGUGACAGUUCAAGCCAAUCCUCGUCUUGAUGUGAAAGAAAAUGUGUCGUUGACACUGAGCUGUUCUGCCGAGUCCAACCCACCAGUGAGCUCUGUCACCUGGAGGAAGACGACUGAUGGGAGAGAGGAAAUCAUCCAACAGACUCAGACUCAGACCUUCAGGGUGAAUUCAGCCAGUCCCUCUGACAGUGGACUGUACAGCUGUGAAGCCACCAAUGACAUUGGAAGUGGAAAGUCACAGCCAGCUGAGGUUAAAGUCAGAUUUUCUCCAAAACACACAAACAUCACGGAGUCGGCAGAGAAGCAGGAGCUUGACGGGAGGAGCUCCGUGAUGCUGAGCUGCUUCAGUCACAGCUUUCCCCCAGUCCAACACUACUCAUGGUACAGGAAGAGCCAGGGAGAGGAAAAGGAUAAACUUGUGUCCGAGCAUCAAAACCACACAGUGUACUCAAACCAGCGAGGAUUUUACUACUGCGUCGCAAAAAAUGAAGAAGGUCAGCGUUUGUCUGAUCCCGUCCAUCUGUUUGAACGAAACUCUCUGCACAUCCUGAAGUUCCUCGUUCCUGCUCUAGUUGUCCUGAUGAUUAUCAUUUUAAUCAUCGUAGUUUUAAGAUUCAGGAGGAAAAAAUCUGUUCAACAAGGAACAACAAACAGAACAUCCUUAUUUUUGGGUUGGUGUAAUGGUACCAGGAGGAGGAGUCUGACGUAUGAGAAUGUCUCUGCGGAGCCUUUCAGGAGCAGAGACGACCUCUUGUCAGAGCAGUUGAGACGCCAGCCUCUUCCAGACAGCACGCCUCCGACCAACACCAACGUUGUUUACAGCCUUUUGAAUCUGCCCCAGGCUGCCUCUGCACAAAACCCAAAAAGACAGAAAGCUGGAAACACCGAGGACGAUUCUGUCAACUACACUUCUCUGCACUUUAAGAAUAAUCUGAAGAACAAGCCAAGAAAGGUGGAAGAUGACUCUGUGUAUGCGGUGGUGUCCAAGCCAACGCGAGUUAAAAAGAAUGAACCAGAGAGCCUGCCCGACUAUGAAAACCUUGGUAAUGCAGCUGCACGUGCACCAACAUCUCUAAGUCUAUUUGACGACUACACCAGUGAAGGUGAAGUGGAGCUCGACUAUUCACAGGUGAGCUUCACAGCGACGCCCCGACGUCAGGCGACCAACAGAGACUCCAGCAGUUCAGAAGAAGAGACUUCCUACUCUGACGUCAGGAUUUGACCGGAGAUGUUCUUGUCCUGCUUUUUUACAUCACAGAGUCUGAAGAGUUCAUGUAUUAAGCAAAAUAGGUCUUAGCCUUAAAUCUACAGUAAUGUAAGCUGGUCAACAAACAUUAUGCAGCUACAACAAAACCCUGCGUGUUGCCAUUAAGAGUAUUUUAAAACUCGUUAGCAAGACGGCACAGAAGCUACAUUACUGAUUCAAAAUGUAUAAAUAUUUGAAACUGUUAAACAAAGGUUUUGGGGGAAAUAGUGAACAUAGAAAAAUGUGAAGGAUAAACUGUUAAAUCCUUCUUUUGCAAUUUAAAAUGUAAAUAAUAUGAGUGUAAAAUGAUAGUAUUAAUAACUUUUUAUAUGAUCUAUAUAUAUAAAUGACAUGCAGUUAGACAAGCAAUGCCGAGAAUCACUGCUGAAUGUUUUUUUUUGUGCUUUCCAGUGUUGUGAACUUAAUCCAAACCCACACACCUGAAAUGUAAAUAUCCUGCAGCUCAAAAUAAAAUGAAAUAUGUUGGAAUAAAUGAUGUACUUUAAAGUUUAUUGAAAUUAUUCUGGGAUUUGUGAACAUUUAAAAGGGCAAAAUAGUUUCUGAAGAAUGCAUGUACACUUAAAACGCUCCAUUUCAUAACUUGCUUUGACUCUAGCUCUUAAAUGAAGGGCAACUUGAGUGCAAGUGGAUUUACUUCUGUGUUUAUAAAACAUAUUAUAACAAAUAUCAAUAAAUGUGUUUUGGAAGAUA